AUGAUCCUCGUUUCAAUUGGUUUUGAGCCGUCCCAGAAUCCCUGGGAUUUGGAAGAAUUCGAAGCUAAAUACGCAAAAGAGGCUCAACAAACCAACGAUGAAAUAAAAAAAUCGGGAUGUGGAGCUCCAAAAGUNNNCUUUCAGCUAUCGAUCACCCCGCCACCGAGUGUUAUUCACCAGCCUAAAGAUCCGAGUAUCGCCGAAAAAAGCCUACGUGGAAGUCACCCACAAAUGGCUACAUAUAACAGAAAAGAGCGUCCAACCCCAGGAUCCAGUCGUGUGUUUGUAGCUCGUGACAUGGUUCUAGACAUUACUAAAAAACAGUCGAAAAUGCAACUUUCCGCAUCACCAUCUCCAGAUUCUCCGAAUUUUCCGAUCGCCAAAAAAGUGAACUAA